AUGGCCACCAUCACCUGCAAUCGCUUCACUGAGGAGUACCAGCUCUUCGAGGAACUGGGCAAGGGCGCUUUCUCCAUUGUUCGGAGAUGCGUGAAGGUGUUGGCAGGACAAGAGUAUGCGGCCAAGAUCAUCAACACCAAGAAGCUGUCUGCUCGAGAUCACCAGAAGCUGGAACGAGAAGCCCGGAUCUGCCGCCUCCUGAAGCACCCCAACAUUGUGAGGCUUCAUGACAGCAUCUCCGAAGAGGGCCACCACUACCUGAUAUUUGACCUGGUCACCGGUGGGGAGCUGUUUGAGGACAUUGUGGCCAGGGAGUACUACAGCGAAGCAGAUGCCAGCCACUGCAUCCAGCAGAUCCUGGAGGCUGUCCUGCACUGCCACCAGAUGGGGGUGGUCCACCGGGAUCUGAAGCCCGAGAACCUGCUGCUGGCAUCCAAGCUGAAGGGUGCUGCUGUCAAGCUGGCUGACUUUGGCCUUGCCAUUGAGGUGGAGGGGGACCAGCAAGCGUGGUUUGGUUUCGCUGGCACCCCGGGAUACCUCUCCCCCGAGGUGCUCCGGAAGGACCCCUACGGCAAAGCUGUGGACCUGUGGGCUUGCGGCGUCAUCCUCUACAUCCUGCUAGUUGGGUACCCGCCCUUUUGGGAUGAAGACCAGCACCGACUCUACCAGCAGAUCAAGGCCGGGGCUUAUGAUUUCCCCUCCCCUGAGUGGGACACGGUCACUCCUGAAGCGAAAGAUCUCAUCAACAAGAUGUUGACCAUAAACCCAUCCAAGCGCAUCACGGCAGCGGAGGCUCUGAAGCACCCCUGGAUAUCGCACCGUGCCACCGUGGCAUCAUGCAUGCACAGGCAGGAGACGGUGGACUGUCUGAAGAAGUUCAAUGCCCGGAGGAAGCUGAAGGGAGCCAUCCUCACCACCAUGCUGGCCACCAGGAACUUCUCCGGAGGCAAAAGCGGUGGCAACAAGAAGAAUGAUGGCGUGAAGAAAAGAAAGUCCAGUUCCAGCGUUCAGUUAAUGGAAUCGUCGGAGAGCACCAACACCACCAUCGAGGACGAAGACACCAAAGUACGAAAGCAAGAAAUCAUUAAAGUCACGGAGCAGCUGAUCGAAGCAAUAAGCAAUGGCGACUUUGAGUCCUACACGAAGAUGUGCGACCCUGGGAUGACUGCCUUUGAGCCGGAGGCUCUGGGCAACCUCGUGGAAGGCCUGGAUUUCCACCGAUUCUACUUCGAAAACCUGUGGUCCCGAAACAGCAAGCCUGUGCACACGACUAUCCUGAACCCCCACAUCCACCUGAUGGGAGACGAGUCCGCCUGCAUCGCCUACAUCCGCAUCACGCAGUACGUGGACGCGGGAGGGAUCCCCCGCACCGCCCAGUCCGAGGAGACCCGCAUCUGGCACCGCCGGGAUGGCAAAUGGCAAAUCGUCCACUUCCACAGAUCCGGCGCGCCCUCCGUCCUACCGCACUGAAGCGCGGUCCUGCCCGUGUGGGGUUUGUCACUGACUGACUACCAAGGGGAGACCUCCUCCAACAUCUUCACCUACGGGACUUUGGCUGUUGGCUCUGCUGCUUGGUUCCCGCUGGAAUAACCCCUUGCUUCUCACCGCACACACGCAAUGGCCCUGCCGGCGCCGCGCAAGCAUCCCAUCGAACCUCCCCACCCCGCCGGGGCCGUGGUGCUGGGCCCCCUUCCUCUGCAUGAACCAAGAAAAGAGAAACCAUGAACCUAAACCCGAGCAUCUGGCCAGAGAGAUGAUGCGUGCUGGGGUAAAGGCCUCCCUCCUCGGCUGCAUGGAGUUGCUGGGACCCCCCACCACCCGGCAUGUCUCCUGAAUUGGGCUCGGACUUGUCAUCUGCCUCCAUCCCCACCUCUGCUGGGAGCCCCCCAAGGAAGAGGAGAGCAGGGGGGCAGUUUUGAGUAGCUCUGUGCAACACCCUCCCUGCGCGCCAGUGGAUUUUGCUUUGCUGCUAUCGCGGUCCCCAUCUGCCACCGUGGCUCCCACCCACUCCCGACCCAAGCUCCCGCUUCCUGGCAGCCUCGGCCAGGGAACUGCAGUUUAAACCCUUUGCAAAGUCCAGCUUCCAUGUGCCCUUGGGCGAGGAGGGCAGUGUUUGGACGGGUGAGUAAAGGCUAUCCAUUUAUUUUCCCUCCCCAGGAGUGUAGGCUGGCUCCUUCCCAAGAGGGCAAGUAGGUUUGCACCCUGGCUCUGGGCGACUGCCGUGCCGAGAGGGAUGCUCUCCCUCCUUCCUCCCUUCUCCCCUUGGAGCAGGGACCGGCGAAGCUGGGAGAAGGGAGGAGGAGAAAGGCGACUGCUUCCCGGCACUGCGUUGGCACAGCCGGGAGCCGGGGCUCUCCCAGCCAUGCCAUGGUCCCGCACCCUCCUCCCCACUCACCACCCAGCCUGGAUCCUUUACUCCAGCACCCAGCUCUGCCAAGCACCCACCCCUGCCCCUCGCAUGCAGCACCCAAAGCUCCCCCUGCGCCCGGCUCCCCGGCUGGGACAGGGGUGGCCGAGCUGGCCAGCGAUUCGGGGCACAAACCUCCAUCGCCCACACGACUCCUUCCAGCGACGACGAGGAAUGCAAGCUUUAUAAAGUAACAAAACUCUGCAGAAUCUGAUCGUGCUUCGAAGAAAACAAACAAGCCUUUAGCUGUCUUCUACUUUGAGCGCAUGCCUUUUUAUAGGGAAAAGAAAACAACCUACCGUGUAUUUCGUAAUUUGAUUUUGAGUAUUUGCUGAAAUGGAUCUUUAUGUAAUAACUAGAAACA